UAGUGAAGAAUUUACACACACACACACACACACACACACACUGCUUGUAAACAGUUUAUGGUCACGGCUGAUUUUCAGUUCAGCAGAAGUUGCACCAUCAUGUUGCGUUGUUUGGUUCUCCUGCUGAUUUUUGGGAUCUCAUCCUCUUCUGCUGUCAUAAAUCUUCCCUUGGGCUCACAGUUUAAGCUUCAAUGCUCUCAUCCUGACGAUGGCCUUCUGUCUCCGGAGUACUUAUGGAGCUUUGCACACCCAGACGAGAAGAAUGCUUUUUCUCCACUCAGUGAAACGGGUGAAGAGCACGAGCUGAACCCAGUGGAGACACAUCACAACGGAACAUUUAGGUGUGUGAUUCAGGGUUUUUCUGAAACAGGAGCCAUGAAGAUAAUGAAGACUUUUGAAAUCCAAGUCACUGAAAUCAUACCGGUCAUAAUGUGGCCAUUCUUUGAAAGAACUGAAGGAGAAUCGGUGACGCUUCCCUGCACUUUCACCUCUGAGACAAUCAACAGCUACAGGUCUGUCCAUGUCAAAUGGUUCAAGGUUAAAGAUCUGCAGAAUAGAAAAGAGGAUCAGGAGCUCACACCUGUGGUAAGGAGCAAGAGCUUCACUGAAAAGGAGGAGAGUGAAAAUGAGAGAGAGACUCAAGCCAGGACAGUUUACUGGACGUCUGAUCUACAGGACCUGGACCACUCCAUCGACUUUGACAAUCUAAAAGUGGACGAUGCAUCUCUGUACCGCUGUGUCAUCAUGACGGCCGUAAAAGAGGAAAGGCUUUUCGAGCUGGUGGUAAAGCCGAUCCCACCCCCUCGCUGUUUUAACCAGUCCCACCCCUGGGAGGCGUGUCCUGACCCAGAAGGCAGGUCGGGCGAGGCGAUCCUGCAAGAGUCUCUGACUGAGUUCUCCUUCAAUCUUUACAAAUAUCUCAACUCCAUGAAACCUGAAAGUAACCUGCUGUUUUCACCAAUCAGCAUCUCCAUGCUGGUCUCUCACAUGCUGCUGGGGAGCCGGGGAGAGACGAGAACUGAUUUGGAGCGUACCCUUUCCCUGCCCUUGGGUUUCUCCUGCAUUCACUCUGAAAUGAAAAAACUGCGCAGCAAGAUGAAGGAAUCGAUUCUCAUCACCAAUCAGAUGUUUUAUCACCGAGAGCUUAAACUCCGUGAAGCUUUCGUUAACCAAACCCAGGAGUUCUACGACUUUACACCCCAAAAACUGACCAAUGACAGUGAGGCGAACGUUAGGAUGAUCAACAACUGGGUGUCGAGCCAAACUGAGAACAGAAUACCAGAGCUAGUGGACUUCUUUGAUGAAUCAACUGAGUUUGUUUUACUGAAUGCUGUUUACUUCAUCGGUAAAUGGGAAAAAGCAUUUAAUGAAAGAAUAGAUGAGUUUACAACGUUUUCGGGGGACGUGGUGUCUGUCCCGACUCUCUACAAGUCCAACUACAACCUGGUCACCGAUUACAUUAAGGAACUUAAAGCCCAUGUGGGGAAAUUCACUCUGACAGGGAAGAACAGUCUGUACGUCCUCCUGCCGUCCUCUGCACACAAGCAAGGGCUGGAGGCCACGGAGGCAGCGCUGACGGAUAACAAUAUCAGGGUGAUGGUGAAGGAGUUGGCCUCGGCCGAACCAGCGCCAUUCGAAGUGUCUCUGCCCAAAGUGAAGCUCCUGCUGAACACAGAUCUCCACAGGCUCCUGAGCGAACUCGGGGUGCGUGGAUUAUUUGAUGACCCUAACCUGUGUGGAAUGUUCGAUCAGGACAGCACCACGGCCCUGACUGAUGCUCGCCAUCGUGCUUUCCUGUCCCUCACCGAGAAGGGUGUGGAAGCUGCAGCCGCCAGCACCGUCACGUUCUCGCGCUCCUUCAGCAACUUCAACGCCAUGCGUCCUUUCCUCCUGAUCGUGUGGAACGAGGAGAUCAACAGCCCUCUGUUCAUAGGGAAAGUUCUUCAUCCAAAAGAGAAUGAAUGAAGAAUAACCCAGAGGCCCGUGUGCUGACAGAUAUUACACAAAGUCUAGGUUCUGAUCAGAAUCAUGACGUGAAUAAAUACCAUGUGACCUACAGGAUCAGUACAA